AGUCAUCAACCUAUUACUAGUGUCAGUUCUCUUCUUCCUCUCUACCAAUUGAAAGUAAGUAUUGAUUUCGCCUAAUAGGGACAAAGCAAAGUAGGGUGGUCAAGUACAGUAUGCCUGGAGUUCGUAGUGCCCACUAGAUAUCAUUGGCAAGUUAUAGAAGUCUUUCUCUCUUCUGAGAUAUCAUUGGUCAGUGCAGCGAGGGGCAACCAUCAUUUCUAUUGCUCUGUAAAGAAAAGAUAGGACAAGGGUCUUGCUCCACCCAAUGGAGAUAAAGCACGGGGAUCCGUUAAGGGCGUAUUGAAUCGAUAAGAAGCACUUGAAUUCUAGUGGGCCCGGCUACCCAACACUAGCCCCGGAUCAUUUAUGUAUUAUCAAUUGAUAGUAGGGGCAGGCAGGGGAAACUCUUUAUAUCAGUUAAGUAAACUACUGAUUGUAUUGUGGGCUGGGAUCACCUUUGCGAGUCGAAGUAAUUUCCGGAAAGACACAGAGGAGCUCUCAUGCGUGGACCAGCAGUAGCCCUGUCCUCUCCUCUUUGUUGGAAGAUGAGUACACAUCGGGUAAUCCGCCCACGAGAGCCCAAUCACAAGAGGCUCAUACAGAAAGCAAUCAGCCCAUAGCCCAAUAUCGAGACCACAGCCUAUUAUUCAAACCACAAAGGAUCCGUCUUUCAUCGUCCAAUCUUCUCGAUCGAACAUAUUGACAUCAAUACUCCUUUCCAUGGCCAUUCACGGCCCGCGAAGAUCAACCACUCGUACCCGAGAUCACUAUCCAAUCAAAAACCAGACUUCCAAGAUCCAUCUCACUCAGACCCUUUUGAAUGUAGCGGAUAACAACGGAGUGGGGAUAUCGAAUUGAUAUGUAUUCGAAUCUUAGGAGCUGGUAAUCACUGAUAUGCUCAUAUUGGUGACGUUAUUGUUGCUGUAAUCAAAGAAGCAGUGCCCAAAAUGCCUCUAGAAAGAUCAGACAGAAGUAAGACGAGCUGUAAUUGUACGUACAUGUAAAGAACUCAAACGUGACAACGGUAUGAUAAUACGAUAUGAUGACGGUUGUCAUUGAUCAAGAAGGAAAUCCAAAUGGAACUCGAGUUUUUGGUGCGAUCGCUCGGGAAUUGAGACUUAUGAAUUUCACUAAAAGAGUCUCAUGAGCUCCUGAGGUAUUAAAAAUACUAGUAGUAGAGACUAUGAUAUAGUAGGGUAUCAGAAUAUAGAUCAAUUAGUAGAUUGUGUCUGACGCAUAUACAUGAAAAAAAAGAAUAAUUAGAUAAUAAUAAGAAUAAGAAUUCUAAUCUUAAUAAAAGGAAGGGUUCGAAUAGCAUCUACUAAUAUUACCGAAAACUUUGUGAAAAUACUUCUACGAGAAGGUUUUAUUGAAAACGUUCGAAAACCAUAGGGAAAGUAACAAAUCUUUCUUGGCACGUGCCCCUGCUCCUGGUCUUCGAACUAGUCAUUAAUGGUCGGCAACAUAGGUACCCUUUUUCGGUAUGCGUUGCGAACACUUUCAUUUUUAGCGUCUCAUCUUCUCUGGAGAAGCUCAAAUCGAACGGAUAGAGCAGAUGGUCCAACUACAGAACUUCUUCUUUUUCAUUACUUCCAUGGUCGUGCCCCGUGGCACGGCAGCACCCGUACUAUUGAAAUGGUUCGUCAGUAGAGAUGUUCCCACUGGUGCCUCUUCUUCCAAUGGUACUAUAAUUCCUAUUCCUAUCCCUUUAUUCCCUUUUUUGGUCUAUCUACAUUUAAGGAAAUUCAUACGCUCCAUGGACAGAGCUAAAAGUGGAGUGUUGGUCAAAGCAAGCCGCCCUAUUCUAUUACCAGACAAAAUGGAGAGAAGCUCAUCCGCUAGAAAUGCUUUAUUUUGUUUCGUUCCCGUUCUUCAUUUCCUUAUUAUCGAAUCCAUGGGGGACUUGUCAUAUUUAGAAUCUUUCUGCGGUCUGCUCUGUUUACAAUUCUUUCGUACUCUCUUCUCUUUACCACGCGAUAGGUCAGCGAAGCGUGAGCGGGCGCUCCGAAGUAAAGGCCAAACACUUCGGCCUAAGGGGAAUGAGCAACAAAAUGACAAGAUGAGGUGCCCCGGGCACCCCCAUAUAGAAAGAAGGGUCGAAGGUUUUGGGCCUGUAGCUUUCCCCGCCCCCCCCCCCUCGUCGAGUGGUGCUUGUUUGGGGGGUGUGCCACCAGAAAGCGGGCUUGAAGCUCUCGCCUUACCAACGAGCCGACUGCUGAUGGCUGUUGGUCACGACUACUACAAAAAAGUGAAGAUGAAUCUUUCUAUUUCACAUGGAGGAGUGUGCAUCUUUAUGUUGGGUGUUCUUCUGUCGUGCGACCCGAUGGCUUAUGUGCGACCUGUGGCCCACGCCUCCUAUUCUAUUUGUUCAGGGCGGGCGGCGUGAACUCUGAUUCGAUCCGGGUAUUCAAUCCCGCCGCUGAGAUGCUCAGUUGACUCCUUAACCUUGAUAGGAAGAUGGCUUAUUCCAAAAUUCGUGCAUAAGGGUAAGGAACUUUGGAUGAAUUAAUGCGAAUGGGUGUAAGCCUCGCUGCUCGGAAA